AUGUCUGUCGUCUCACUUCUCGGUGUUACUGUUCGCAACAAUCCAGCUAAAUUUGGAGAUCCUUAUGAGUUUGAAAUCACCUUCGAGUGUCUCGAGGCAUUACAAAAGGAUCUUGAAUGGAAAUUGACCUAUGUUGGUUCGGCCACAUCUGAUGAGCAUGAUCAAGAACUCGAUUCUCUCCUCGUUGGUCCCAUUCCCGUCGGCGUAAACAAAUUUCUCUUCCAGGCAGAUGCGCCCGAUACCAAGCGAAUCCCAGAUGCAGAAAUUCUCGGUGUUACUGUCAUUCUUCUCACUUGCGCCUAUGAUGGUAGAGAGUUUGUUCGAGUUGGCUAUUAUGUCAACAACGAGUAUGAUUCUGAGGAAUUGAACGCCGAUCCACCUGCCAAGCCACUUCUUGAUCGAGUCAAGAGAAAUGUUCUUGCUGAGAAGCCCCGUGUCACUAGAUUUGCCAUCAAGUGGGACUCGGAUGCUUCUGCUCCUGCUGAAUUCCCUCCUGAACAACCUGAGGCAGACUUAGUCGCCGAUGGAGAAGAAUAUGGUGCUGAAGAAGCUGGAGAGGAAGAAGAUGAAGAUGUUGAUGGGGAGGAAGGUGGGCCAGUCGAUCCAGACGCAAUGGAACAAGAUUCAGAGAUGGCUGGUGUGGAAACUGAAGGCGCCAUCGCGGAGGAAAGUGGUGAUGAAAGUGAAGAUCUCGAGGCGGAGAGUAGUGGCGAAUCUGAUGAGGAAGUUGAGGAAGAAGAGGUUGCCGGAGACGAUGACAUGGAAAUGGAUGGCGUUGAAAAGUCAGGUGCUGAUAAAUCCGGUGGCGUUGCACAUCAAGUCGAUGAAGUUAUGGCCCACUAA